UCUUAUAGAUUAUACUUAUAUAUCGCUCAUUUGCUACAACAAUGACAUAUCUCAAAAAUCGGCCUUUUUGAGUUAUUACUACAGGGAGAAGGGUUGUACAAUGUACUAUUUAGAGUUAAAACGACAAAGCUUUAGUACCAAAACCUCACCGCUAGAGAGCAGUUAUGUCGCUAUUAUACCUUAACAUUUAGUGAACAAUGUAAGUUGCAACACUGUCUUAUCUCAGUUGGUAUUUCGUCGCUGUAAUGACAACAUCAUCACAGUUGCAAAUAGAGUGACUUAUUUGGUGUUAUAACGCUAUUGCUGUAAAGGUAAGACUACUUGCUAUCUUCUUUUUUGUCAUCAGAAAUGUAUCAGUUUAACUUAUGACUGUAUUAAUGAAAUAAUCUACAUGGUUCACAUUAGUAUUAUUUCUAAAUAUGACGUUCUUGCAGCAAACAAUCCUCCUUGUAACUGUAGUAUUUCUUAUUAUGUCGUUAUUACAAAACACAUUGUGUCUAUUCUGAAUCAUCAAUUUGAAACUAUGAGUCCUUAUGACAGUCUUGCUGAACAUAUUUUUCCCACUUUCAUGAUUUAGCUUUCGUUAUUUACACUUAUGUCGGUUUUGUUACUAACCUAUCUUGUACCUAAAACCAAAUAUUGAAAUGUGACAAUAUUAUAAGUUUUCCCAUGUCAUUAAUACAGUUCAUUUUCAAUAUUACUUUUAUUUUAGCGUACUAUAAUUAUGUCCUGUCGUGGGAAAAUAAUGGUUGAAAUGGCUACAGAAUUACUAUCAGAAAAGAAUGAAGUUCCUGUUGAAAACAAAUGUGUUGAAGAUAAAUCUGCGGAUGAACUUCCUCUUGACAAUGAACUUGUUGUCGAUAACGAACCUUCUAUAAACGCUACUUCUUUUGAUCAGUCUUUAGAAGAAUGCUGGAAUACAGCAGGUCCCAGCCAGUCUCGUAAUACUAUUGCAAGAUGUAGUCAGUCAAGUAGGAAUUCAAGUUCUAGUUCGUCUACUUGUUCUACUUGCAGUGGUUCGUCAUCCUCUGAAGAUUGUGACGAUAUAAUUAAUGACGAGACAUACGUACCACGGGAUAACAGUGACAGUGACAAAGAAAAUUCAGACGUUCAAAUUCAUGACACUGAAACAACUACAGGUAUUACCGCGAUUUACCGCAAUUGUCCACCUUUGGACUUACUCCCUAACUAUUAAUCCCUGAAUACUAACAGUUUACUCUUAGUUCUGCAGGAUAUUUCCAUUUUAACAAGUCCCCACAAAACAAGUAUCAAACGCAAAAAGAAUAUAGAAAAAUGGAAAAGAAAUUUAUUGAAGAACUACAGGAAUAGUGGAAAGGCCUACGAAUCGCACACAGAAAACAA